AUGGCAGCUCAACUUGGGUUUCUCUCAAUGACACAGCAAUCUCAACAACAAAACCAUCAAAACCCUAGCUUGGCUACUCCCAAUGUGUGGACGUGGAACCCUAGGCAACUCCAAUACAACAGUAACGACAACGACGACUCAUGGGAGGUGAGAGCCUUCGCGGAGGACACCGUCGGCAUCAACGGCACAACUUGGCCUCCAAGGUCCUACACUUGCACCUUUUGUAGGAGAGAAUUCCGGUCGGCGCAAGCCCUAGGUGGUCAUAUGAAUGUGCAUCGUCGUGACCGAGCUAAACUCCAUCAAAAUCCAAAUUCUCUCAAUAGUAUUUCCAAUUCAUCACCAUCUUCAAAUUCCUCUACUCUCUUAAUCCCAGGUACUCAUCAAGAAUUUGCCUCAAACGGUGGUGGGUUGUGUCUUCUAUACCAAAUACCUAAUAACCCUAAUGCUCAAACAACUAUGAAUAAUGCUAAGACUAUGAAGUACUCUUGUCCUUCUACUCUUCUCUCCAUGUCUUCACAUCCACCUAACAAUCUGGUUUCUCCAUCUAUGAAUCUUUCCUUGGUUUCACCGCUGGGGAAGAAUUUUAUUACUCAUAGUUAUCAUCAUCAAUCUAGCAAAGCUGAACCUUCAAUUUCUAUUUGUCCUAAUAAUGGAAGAAAAUGUAUGAAGAAUUGGGAGACGACUGACGAGCUUGAUCUAGAGCUCCGGCUUGGACAUUGA